CUCUGUUCGGAGUCCUUUCGGCUCAAGUCGCCUUGGCUAUUCCAGGCGCUUUGUUUCUGCUGUACCGUUCCUAGUACAUUUCAGACACUACCGUGCAUAAAGCUACACAGACAUGUUCGGUCCCGUAGCAAAGGCGCUGGCCCUGGUCAGCGUUGUCCGUGUGCGUGCAGAGGGGGAGGCCCUGGUGACCGAGCUCGCAGAAGAGGUCCUUGCCUGGGAGUCUUGGAAGGUUUUGCCGAGCCCGUGGGAGACGGUCUUCAACCGGCCGUCGAACAGGGAUGUUGGCUCCGUCACGGAGCACCCCAUUUGGGAUAAGUAUGAUCUCGAGGUGUUUGCCGACUCUCUCGAGACCCAGCGUGAGCAGGAUGGAUUUCCGCCCAACAUCGCAAUGGGCAGAGUGUUGAUCAAGGACAGCAAGAAACCCACCCAACCGCCUCCGAGCUACCGCAUGACUGGCAUCGGGGGCGAAGAGGUCAGGCAUCUGAACGGUAUGGUGAAUCCCGCCGGAGCAACGACAGUUUGGGGUUGGCAGAGGAUCAGGUACUUGGCCAUCAAGACGUGGAUCGAGUAUUGGUCAACCCGCAACACCGAGAAGUUGAUCGUCGUUCAUGCCAGUGGCGAGGUUUUGUAUGCUGGUUGCGACGAAAACACAAUCCAGUAUAAGUACGACGAGAUCAUCUCCGCUAGCGGUGGCACUCAGAAGGUUGUCUUGGCUGCUGAGGUGAGCCCUUGGCCUAUGGGUCUUGCGUGGCGCUACGACCAAACAGCUGGCAUCGCCACGACACAAACUAAUUUUCUGUCAUCUGUGGGCGUUUCAUCCACGUUUGCCACAACUUAUGCCGACUGCACCAACUCAACUGUCGGGUACUGCACCACUCCGCCUUCGUAUAAGUUCGCGAACGGAGGCUUCAUUAUGGGCCCUAUCGGGGAUGUCGCAGACAUGCUCGCCGAUAUGUACUACUAUGCCGACUCGGAGAGCAUGUUGAUCAAUGAGUAUUUCCUUCAUAACCCUGACAAGGUGGCUCUCGACUACGCUGGCGUCCUGGUGCUGUCCCUGAAUAACAUGAAGUUGGACGCGAGUAUUCCCGUCACGGUGGAAAACAAUGCGGGUGCGAAGUCUUUCAAGAAUUUGAUCACUGGCGGCAACGUGUGCUUUGUGCACGGAGGCGGGAAUUCGUUUGAGGCUCUCAAGGUUCUUGCGCAGGAGCUUUUGUCUGACUAGGUAGAGCGCGAAGGCGAUGCACCCACACGCUCGCUGAGGCUUCUGGGGCUUCGAUGUGAUAGAUUCUUGCUGCAGCGGCACUGUUGUCCGCAACGUCUCAUCAUCAGGGUCUCGUCGGAGAAGAAAACGUGCCAUAAGCAUAAUAUUUGGGAGGUCCGCGCGGGGUCCUUGUGCUGGCGCUGGGCGCCCCGUGGGGGCGCCUGCGG